CUGUGGAGUGAAAACAUCGUGGGUGGAAGGCUCCGAGUGAACCGGCGGGGGGCGAUAAUCGAAUGGCUUCUACCGAGCUGCUUCCCGCAGAUAAGGAAGGCAAACACUCUGAUCCUCCCGACGUCCUUGACCGAGUUUCCAGCGCACUGCAUGGCCGCAAGUCGGGCGGAUCAACAGUAGGAGCGCUCCCCGGGGAGGGUGCCUGUAACUCGGCCCGCAGCUGCAAUGGCCGGUGCCUUUCAGCACCAAGGACGGCGCCGCGCAAGGGCGGCGCGGAGCUUACACUCGGCCACCUCGGCGACGAGAAAGUCCGAGUUUGCUGCGACCAGGAAUUAGAGACAUCGUUCACCUGCAUUGAUGAAAAUGUCAACCUGCGACUCGCCAGCCCGGAGACGAGUUGCAGAAGUGCUCACAGACCCGUGCGCAACGGCGAGCCUUGCUCCGAGACGUUUCCGGACUUUUCCUUCAUGUCUGAGGACGAUCUCUCCUUCGGGGAGGGCUCGGGAAGUUCUACAGACUAUGGCUUUAUCAGUGCAGUCACGUUCUUGGUGACUGGGAUCUCACUGGUGAUCAUCUCCUACGCAGUGCCUCGGGAUGUAGUGGUGGACCGCGACAGUGUGUCAGCGAGGGAGAUGGAGAGACUGGAGAUGGAGAGCGCCCGGAUAGGUGCCCAUCUGGACCGGUGCGUCAUAGCGGGACUGUGCCUACUCACGCUGGGCGGCGUCGUGCUCUCCACGCUUCUAAUGAUCUCCAUGUGGAAGGGAGAAAUGUACAGGAGGAGAGUAAUAGCAUAUUCUAAGCGCUCUGCCAAACAGUAUGGCUCUAUCAGCCUGAAAACCAGGUCCAGUCCCAGCCACUCCUCUGCACACUUGUCCCUGCAGGAGGAGGACAUGGAGGAAACUUUGACUUAAAACGCUGCUCUUCCUAGUAAAAACUGCUUUGCAUAUAUAAACACGUGUGUGUAUAACUGAGUAACUAAUGGCAUUCACACACAAACAUGAGAGUCAAGAUACAAGAACAGCAUUUUCUUUCUCUUGGAAAGUGAUCAAUAGUAACACAAAUAUGAAUGCAAAUUGUUUCCAAAUAAUUCAAAGUGGCACCACACCAUAAAACACUAUUAUGAGCUUUGGGUCACAAACCAUUUUGUGUUUUUGUAAGGAUGCCAUUUCCGAGAACCUUCAUUUAUUAUUAAGGCUAUUCAUAUUUAAUGCAAAUCUUUCCAACAGCAAAAUCAUGCACAGACACAUUUCAGGAAGCCAGGGACGCUUGUGUCCCCUGGGCAGGAAAGUGGGUGUAAAAUAGGAAUGGCUGACGGAGGCUAUAGCCGUCCCUGUCCUCUGUGAAGUGGGAGAAUCAGCUCAGUGGUCCUUGAGGUGAUAUCCAGUGACAGUCCCUCUCUGGUGCAGUGCUGAGGCAAGCCAGUAAUCCUGGCGUCGUGCAUCUGAGCCAAAGCUCCAUGUUGGUUUGAUUGUACUGAGCAAUGCCUACACAGGACAGUGCUGACAUGCACUGUGUGACCUCCUUGCCUCAGCUGCUUUUCCUCUAUCCCCUUUUUUUCCCUUUUUGCAAUGUGUGCAUGGACAACACGUGUCACAUAGCAUAUGUGGGGUUCUCGUAUAGUACCGUCUUAUGUGCAGGUGUUAGUGUGGCCAUAACACAUUGGACGGCAUGUCUUUACUUCCUCAUACUGUUCAAAAUGAAGCUAGAGUAUCCUGCAUAUUGAUGCUGCCAUCGUGUGCUGGUGAUCCCCUUGAGUUGCAGUGUAGUUGGAGAGUAGAGCCAUGUUGACAACACUAUGAUAAUGCCAUCAUUUUAUCUUAGCUGUCCACUCAACCUGUUUUUAUAGCUUCAAAUAACGGCUCAAAUCCAAAGUUAUCUGAAACACAAAAGUGUUGGAAGUAUACUUAAACGUGGAGAAGGUUAGGAUUUAUGAUCUAUACUGAAUCCACUAAGAUGCUCUGGGUUCACUUUAGGGAAAUGCUGUGUUCAUCCAUCUUUUUACACAGUCAGUAGUUCAGAAACGUCCACACAGAGCCUCUGAUAACUGGGGUCACACAGACUGUCGCACACAUGCGGAUGUUUAAGUAAGAAGAAGUCCUGGACAACCACUGUCAAGUGCAUGUGACUCACAAAAAGUGUGACCUAUUUUCUCCAUGACGCUGACCAGACAGGGAUGAUGCUUUCAAUGCCAUUAAACACUGUAUCAACAUGUAAUUUAAUUUAUUAAAAAAUGACAGACUCAUUCGCAAGAGUCAGGCUGCAUUGGAUUUGCAGUUGUUGUUGCAUCUUUCCAGAUUUAAUUGCUCAAAUCAGUUGAGUUGAAUGAAAUCUAAUUUAAGCAGUCGGCUGAAGUUUGAUUAAAAUGCUAAGUGUUUACUUUGACUAAAAUGCAAUUAAAAUGUUUGUCCCACGA